AUUCUGAUUCUGACAUCUUGUUUUGCAAAAAGCGAAAAAUUUAGGAUUUUUGAAUGCUAAAUUUGAUAAUUCUAUUUAAAUAUUUAGAUUUUGAAUAUACACAUACAUUUAAUAUGGUCGCUGUUCCUGCAUCAUGCAUUGCUUCCCUCACAAAAGGUUUACGGCAAGUCGAUAUCAAAUUUCGAAUUGAUGGAGAAAAUACGCAAAAUGAUCCAACCUGACACAUUUUCAAUGUUAAAAGCGACAAAACAUAGUUCAGAAGUGAUAAGGUUUGACGCCGAGUUGGAGAGCUGUGAGAAAUUGAGCCGAGUGCUGGCUCAGCUGGAGAAUCGCGUUAUCCAGUUAAAUGAUUUCCCAGAACAGUUGAAAGUGAAAGUGUCUGAAGCCAAGUCGGAAUUUCCAAGUCGACAUACUUGGGAUUCUUUCUUCCGCGAUGCUACUGACAUGGAUGAGAUGAAGCCGGGCGAACGUCCUGACACAGUACACAUCUCAAAUAUACCAAUCAGUUGGUUUGUUCAUGAAAAUGACAGUUACGAUGAUGGAGUUCCAUCUGAGAGUUUGUUUAAAAAAGUGUUUGAAAAGUUUGGUGCAUUAAGACAAGUGGAUGUUCCCGCUGCAGAUCCAUUUAGAAUGCAGAUGAAAGAAGUUAUAAGAGGUAUAACUAUUUCUGCAAUGGAGUCAAAAAUGUACUUUGAAGGUUACUUGCAGUUUAGUGAGUAUGUGGGCUUUGUACGUUGUAUGGAUGCAUUGCGGGGAAAAAAGUUGUUACGUAAGAAGGAUGAUAUAUCUGAGUGGUGUUCCAUACGAGUAGACUUUGACAGAAGUAAGCAUAUGACAGAUGCUGCUGUUAAACGAAGAGCUAUAGUCCGAGAGAGACUUAUCGCUCGGCAAAGAUCCAAGGAAGAAGAGGACAGAAUAGAGAAAGAAAGGAUAGCCAAAAAGGAAGCAAAAGAAAGACAAAAACAUGAAACAAGUGAAAAAGAGAAAUUGGCAAAGAUGAGGGAAAGGGAAGAGAGGAGAAAGAAAAAGAGACUUGCUAAAUUAAUGGUGCAGGACAAGGUGGAUAUCAACAAGAAGGUAGCAGAAGAACGGCAGAAACUGUUUUAUGAACAGAAAAAGUUGCAAGCAAUUCGACUUAUUGAGGAACUAUUCAAAAGAAUUGAGUUACGUCCGGAGUUGCAGCGCAGUGUGAAUGAGAGGUACUACAGUAGCGAGGAGAGAAUCACACGGUCCCGAGUCGUGGACAGAUUCAAACGGGCCCAGGAACACCAGCUUGACAAACAGCGGGAGCUACUCAGGCAAGCGGUAGAUGGACGAAUAGUGAUACGUUCAGCUUUGGAAACGAAGAAACCGAGAGAGGUCUCUCCUAUCAGUUCACUGUCCUCAGAAGAUGAAAGAACUAACAAGAGAAUCAAGAAGGAGAAGCUACCGACGCCCGAGAGGGAGUAUGAAUAUAAACCACCAGUACCGGGAAUGUUUCCGUAUGGCUUCCCCUAUCCGUACGCGUGCGCGCCGCCGCCGGGGUUUCCCUUCCCGCAAAACGUUCGCGAUCACGUUCGCGAUCACGUUCGCGUUCGCGUUCGCGUUCACGUUCGCGUUCCCGACACCGCUCAUAUUCCCGCUCGCGGUCUAGAAGUAGACGAUCCAGAAGUAGAAGAUCACGCAGCAGGCGAUCAAGAAGUAGAAGUAGACGAUCCAGUUCAAGAAGGAGAUCUAAGUCCACCCAUAGCCGAUCUAGGUCACGUAGGCGAUCUAGAUCUCGUAGCCGGCGUUCCAGGACCAAGUCUAGGAGUAGAUCGAAGACCAGACCGCGUACGACCACACCUAAACAAGACGAACGGACAGACGGACAAGAUAAAGAAUUAAGCACGCCUAAACGACGAUCUAAAAGUUGGUCAUUACCUAGAGAGGGGGAACCUAACAGGUCCUGGUCUAAAAGUCCUAAAAAUGGGGAGAAAGGAAAAUGUUAGCGUCGUAACUCCGUUUGAAGUGUUAAAGAAUUGAAGAUUUGAUAAUUUUUUUUAAUUUUUUAGCAGUAACUUAAUU